ACGAACGACAAGUCACCUGUUCCGAGUCCCAGCAAGCUGUACGUGAUCGAGUACAACUCCACGGAUCGAUGGAUGUACUUGUACUUUGGCCGAGCAUGGGCCGAUAUACAUGUACUAUACUAUUGUCACUACUAGUUUGAGUCUUUGUUUUCUGCUGCAGACAACACCUUGACAAAAUAGUUCUAAAAUCAGGCUACAAUGGAGUCAUCAAUAUUGUCAGCAACAACUAUUCCCGCCUUGAUCUUUGCCUCUAUUCUGUUCGUCGUGUCCAUCAUUGUGGGUCUAGUUCUCGGCCGAAAACUCUCGUCAGUCGAGCGGUUGGUGGUUGUGUGGCUGGUAUAUGAUGUUGUCACACAUUUCAUUUUGGAAGGUGUCUUUGUGUACUAUUCCCUGGUUGGCACGGUGCUCACAACAGAUGGAUUUUUGGCAGAUGUGUGGAAGGAAUACGCCAGAGCUGAUGCACGAUGGGGUGUGUCUGACCCGACAAUCGUUUCCAUGGAGUUGUUGACCGCAGUGUUUGAUGGCACCCUGGCCGUUGUUCUCAUUUAUGCCAUCCUGGGCAACAAGCACUACCACCACUAUGUCCAGAUUGUUCUGUGUGUCUGUGAACUCUACGGAGGCUGGAUGACGUUCUGUCCAGAGUGGAUAACAGGUAGUCCGAACUUGGAUACCAGCAACUUCCUGUUCCUUUGGGUUUAUCUGGUCUUCUUCAAUGGCAUUUGGGUAGUCAUACCUGGCGCCCUCAUGUGGCAGUCUUGGGUCGCCCUCCGUGACCAGCACACCGAAUUGUCAACGUUCAAAAAUCGUGCUCGUGGAAAGAAGAAGUAGCCAAAUAGAUGGAUAGGUUAAAUUUCCCUCUCCUUGAUUUUGCAUAACAUUCCAAUCAUUGAAUACUCCAGUAUUCAACUGCUCCAUUUCCUCUUCACAUUUACUGCCCACAAGCUAGCUUUAGUGGAAGAGACAGAGUAAAUAAUGAUAUCAACCUGUGGCUGCAAGGAUUCAUGGAGUAAAAUUAAGCUUGUCAUAAUUGUGUCAUGUUGAUUAAUUUUGUAAAUGGUGACCAAGAUAUGUGGACAUUAUGUAAUUGAAAGCUGGAAUUUUGAAUUUCGUCAUUAUUUAUGUGCAAGUUUGUGGAAAGUUAAUUUUACUGUAGCUUUGGCCAUAAUGAUUGGCUAGAUAAUGUACAGAUUGGUGACAUCUUACUAGCACCCCUUGUAAUAAUGAUAUUGACAAAUAGCAGGACUUCUACUGGAUAAUUGAGAAAAAACAGCACCACAAUAUUACUGUUCUGAAUCAUUUCUGAUAAUGGAACCAAGGAUUACCUAAGCGUGUGCUUGGCACCAUAGCCCACAAACCUGGAGAAAGCUCUAGAGCGUACACAGUAAGAAGAAAUUAUGGGUUCAGAGGUGGGGGAAAUUCCAGAAAGGCAUUCAGGGUAUUAAAAACCAUAAACAAGGUAGAUACUGAAAACCCUUGCAGAUGAUGUGCUCAGUGGGCAGGGCUGAUAAAAAUAAGGAUUUAGUGAAAAAAAAAAGUCAUUGAAAUCAUUGUUCACAAUGAAACAUGUUUUGCUUAAAACAUUGAUUUUAUGUAAGUUAAUGCAAAUGACUGUCUUUGAAAGUCAUACCUGUAGUUCAUCUCAAACUCACUGGUAUUUAUGUUCUGUGUUCAUUCAGAGGGGCAUAAUCAUACUGAGUACAGUGUAUUCAGGCAGUAGGGAUGGAUUGUAAAGGCAUACAACCAGUGGAAGACCACAUUAAUGGUAGUUUUUCAUGCAGGGAAGUGAGAAUUCAUUCAGCUUUUUAGCCAAUUUUCAGGUUUUAUUCUGUUUUAUUCUGAAUGUCAGCUUUUCUGUACACCUGCUCUUUUUACAAAAUUAUGGGAACUUCUUAAAUUGUAGAUUUUGGCUAGCUAUUUUCACUUUUGCAACUCACGCUCAUGCAUAUGCCCAAAAUGAUUUUAGGGAGGCCAAAGAGGCCAAGGAAGCACUACUACAACAAGAAGAGCUGGAUUAUCCAAUAGGCUCACAAACAUUUUAGGGACCUAUGAAAAGUUUGAUGGCCUACAUAUGAAAACACUUUAGCUGUGCAAAAAAAUAAUAAUAAUAAAUUUAAGAAAUAUAAGCAGGCUGCCAUGUUGUCUGGUUUUGGACAAGUCUUUAUAGCUGUUGCCUUAAAUAAUAAAACUGAAUUAAUUACAGAGGCUUUUAAAGUGAAAUAUCUAAAAAGUGAAACCAAUGUGUUUUUUAUAACCAUUUCCAGUCACUGUUGAAUAUUUGUGUGUGUAUGUAGCAUUUUAUAAUCAGAACUGAGGGAAAAGAAAUGACACUUGGCCAUCUUUUUCUUUGAACGUAAUGUCAUAAAAGAUGAAAUUUUUCACACGUAGCAAUCCAAAAUUUAACCUGUGAGCCCAGGUUUUUAAGGUCCUUGCAGAGCAAUGGGGUGACAAAACCCUAAAAAUUGUCCGACCAUGAAAAUUCAGGGAAGGGGGAGUUGAGGUCUGAGUUGGACCAAACAUCUCACAAAGGGGGCAGUGUUCAUGACAAAGAUGUACAUAUCUAUGUGCCUGAAAGUAACUGCCUUUCAAGUCAGUUUUUAUGCUAUUCUCUUUACCCAUUAAUCAAAGCUCAUGUGUGUUAUUAGGGUAACAGUACUUUUAAAGUUUGUUGAGCUAUUCUCUGUUGUCAAUGCUAUGUUGUAAAUUUAGUUUUGGACAAAUUUGAAUUUUUGAAGCAAAUUUGUGCACCAUUGAAGGGGAGCUUUGAUGAAUGUUCCAUCCUUUCUGGUCAAACAGUUUCGGGGAAUUUAUACCUCCACCCUUCAAUUUAUGCCCACGUUAUGUUUCUGUGACCUACAAUCUUGCAAUAAACAUGUUUGUAUGGAUUUAAAACACUGCAAUUUUAUGAUCAGUGCAAUUUUGCAUUUAAAUUGUUAGUUAUUAAUUUUUUAUUUUUAGCCAUGGAAGAAUGGUCAAACCCUUAAGAGAUUUUUGAGUUCAUGAUGUAUUUGGAGUAACAAAAUCCCUCUUGUGUAUGGCUGUUUAGGAGGAGGGUGACACUAUAUAGAAGUUAAUGUUCAUGAUACAGAUGUACAUCUGUAAUAUGCAUUACAUUCAUGCAGAAUUAAUUUACAUCAGAAUGGUAUGUGUUUGGGCUUGUUUAUUGUUUUCCCUUUUUUUAGUGAUAUUGAAUGCAUUUUAGUCAUUGGGAAGUCUGAACAAUUCUUCAUAAUCCACUUUUUGUUCUCGCCACAAAAAGUUGUGGGAUGAUCUAAUAAAGUUGUGGGAUGAUUUAAUAGA